AUGCAUUUUUUUGGCACUCUCGUCGCCAUCGCACAGUGCCACGAUCACAUGCUAACGGAUCAUGGAAUCCUGCGUCAACCUGCUCUUCUCAUCGUUGAUGAGGUCGGCCGCCUGACUGAAGCUCAUGCCCUUAUCGGUGAGCAGUUUGGUCCGAUUGUUGCCACAGCCGGCACUCGCUUUGAGUAUUAUGUUGACGGGCACAAGUUUGAGUUCAGGUCUGUCGUCAGCGCCCAGCUGGAAAAAUCGUUCCUGGCUCGAGCCGCGGCGCUGGACGGCAUCGACGCCAGGCUCACCAUGUCACCGCGUGUACGGAUCGGCAGGCGAGUUUCCAUGCAAGCCCUCGCCACCGAAGCUGUCCAGGAGUGGUUUGCCCGUCACAGUGCUUCUGGAAAGAAUUCUCUGUUUGUAAAUUUGUCUUCUGAAGAGCAACAGCAGGGCACAUCUAAAACCAAUCCUACUUCCGCCUACUUUGUGAACACCGGCUCCAUCAGGAAGGGACAUGUUCUGAUACUUGUGGCCUAUGGGUCACAGAAAAUGCAAGUCCUGCGAUGUCUCAAAAAGAUCAGCGCGCACGAGGUGGACAAGUCGCGGAUCAGCGUGCGCACAAUAGAUGACUCGCCCAGUCACGAAGUAGAAAUCGCCAUCGUGGACCUCGUACGGUCGGAUGGCAUCGGGUUCCUCGCGGAGCCAGCGAGGUUGAAGGUGGCGGCGACGCGAGCGCAGCUGGGCACGAUCUGGGUUGGCUGCCGGGAGCUCUGCAAGCGACGGGACAACUGA